GAGGUGCACUUGAAUGCAUCAUAAGGGCGGAGUUAGCAAAACAGUGAAGUUUAGCCUAGCAGGAAACACCGAAGCUACCGCUACAGCGGUGGAAAAAGGAAGACCAAACCGAGUCAAGUCUUAGUUGGUAAUCGGUCCCCAUACGUGAUAUUUCCUCGGCAAAUACGCUUUCGCCUGGACCCUGGGAUUACUUCUGUCGGUCUGGUCCCGUUUUCCCUGACUUUGUAGGAGGCAAGAGCUCCUAUCCAACGAGACACUGGCCGGAGGUAGAAUCUUAUCCAGCGGCUGUGAACGGUGGAGAUCGGCUGUGCAACGACCGUUUUGAAUCAGCGUGCGUCAGUGAGCCUGCAGGCUCCACGCUGGUGCUGAGACAGGAUGAAGAGGUUUAGGCGACAUGGCCAGGAGUCCCACAGAGAUCGACUCAAACAGGAACUCUUCCAGUUCAACAAGACAGUGGAGCAUGGUUUCCCCCACCAGCCCAGCGCUUUGGGCUACAGUCCCUCCCUGCAGCUGCUGGCCAUUGGCAACCGUUCUGGGGCCAUCAAACUGUAUGGAACUCCAGGUGUGGAGUUCAUGGGUCUACAUGAUGAGAAUGCUGCCGUCACACAGGUGCACUUCCUCCCCCGCCAGGUUGAACUUGUGACUUUGCUGGAUGACAACAGUCUGCACAUGUGGACUUUAAGAGCCCACAAGGGACUGUCAGAGCUUCUGGAGAUAGGACGCUUCAUGCUCACGGGACCACCUGGUGCUCCCCCAAGUGUGACCAGAGUGACAGCCGUGCUGGCCCAUUCCUCAGGGGAGCUGCUGCUGUUGGGUACAGAGGGAGGACAUGUCUUCAUAGUUGAAGUCCCUGGGUUCAGAGAGCUGGAAGAGAGGAACAUCAGUCUCGACCAAGUCGCCAGCAGUGUACCAGACAACUACAUAGGCCGGAGGAAUUUGGAACACGUAGAGGCCUUACAGGAGAACCCAGUUAACCCAGACCAGGUUGUUAUUGGCUAUGGACGAGGUCUCAUGGUCAUAUGGGAUCUCAAGAAACAGUAUGCCACCCAGCACAUCCCUGCCACACAGCAACUGGAGAGUGUGUGGUGGACAGAGGAUGGGAGCUACAUUCUCAGUUCGCACAGUGAUGGAAGUUACUGUCGAUGGAUGGUGGGUGGAGAGGACGUGAACGAGGAGGAAGAGAAAUCAGACAUUCCUUACGGACAUUUCCCCUGCAAGGCCAUUUCUAAAAUAGUUCAGCUACCUACAGAAGAAGGACCUCCAUUCCUUUUGUUCAGUGGUGGCAUGCCAAGGGCUAGUUAUGGGGACAGACACUGUAUCACAGUGAUUCACAGUAAAACACACGUGGCCCUAGACUUCACCUCCAGGAUCAUCGACUUCUAUGUCAUCAGAGAUGGACCACAGCACACAGGAGAUCCCAGUGCACUGGUGGUCCUGGUAGAGGAGGAGCUGGUAGUGAUUGACCUGCAGACGGAGGGAUGGCCAGUCAUUCAGACACCGUACCUGGUUCCCCUCCACAGCUCAGCCAUCACCUGCUCCCACCACAUCUCCACCAUCCCCCUCAAACUGUGGGAAAGGGUCAUCGCUGCUGGAGACCUGCAGAAGACGCACUACUCCAAAAAGCUCUGGCCAAUUACAGGAGGCCAGAACCUGGCCCCAGACCCUCCACAGAGAGACCUGCUGCUCACAGGGCAUGAGGAUGGAACAAUAUGUUUCUGGGAUGCAUCAGGAGUCUGUUUGUAUCCCAUGUACAAGUUAAGCACAGCUGGAGUGUUCCACACGGACGCUGACCCCAAUGACAACAUGAACCAAGGCACUGAAGGAGAGUGGCCGCCAUUCAGAAAGGUUGGCUGUUUUGACCCCUACAGUGAUGACCCGAGGCUCGGCAUUCAGAAGAUCCAUCUUUGUAAAUACAGUGGUUAUCUGACUGUGGCUGGCACUGCUGGACAGAUCCUGGUGCUGGAGUUGAACGACGAGGCAGCAGAGCAGACUGUGGAGGCAAAAGUUGUGGACUUGCUGCAGGGCCAAGAGGGAUUCCGCUGGAAGGGCCACAAUCGCCUGGAUGUGCGAGAAGAGCCAGUACUGUUUCCUCCAGGCUUCCAGCCCUUCGCUCUGGUCCAGUGCCAGCCUCCUGCUGUGGUCACCGCCCUCACCCUGCACUCAGAGUGGAAGCUGGUAGCUUUUGGCACCAGCCACGGUUUUGGCCUAUACGAUUACCAACAGAAGAACAACGUCCUCAUCAAGUGUACCCUAAACCCCAGUGACCAGCUUGCCAUGGAGGGUCCUCUGUCCAGAGUGAAGAGCAUAAAGAAAUCCCUCCGACAGUCCUUCAGGAGAAUCAGGCGCAGCAGAGUCUCACUAAGGAAACAUCAUGUAAACAAUGCUGCGAAGCUUCAGGAUGCAAACGCUCGUCUGGAGGCAGAGCUGGCUGAAAUGGAGCUGGCUCCUGUCCAGAGGAAGAUCGAGGCUCGCUCCUCCGAUGACUCUUUCACCGGUCUUGUACGGACACUCUACUUUGCAGACACGUUCCUCUCAGACAGCACACAUAACACACCCUCCCUAUGGGCAGGGACAAAUGGUGGCUGUGUGUUUGCAUACAUGCUCCGCCUUCCUCCUGUAGAGCACAGAGCAGAUGAACCUGUCACAGCACAGGCGGCUAAGGAAAUCCAGUUGAUGCACCGUGCUCCUGUAGUUGGCAUAGUGGUGUUGGAUGGUCAUGGCGCUCCUCUCCCUGAACCCCUGGAGGUUGCACACGACCUGGCUCGCUCACCUGACAUGCAGGGAUCACACCACCUCCUGGUCAUAUCUGAGGAACAGUUUAAGGUUUUCACCCUGCCUAAGGUGAGCGCUAAGAUGAAGCUGAAGCUGACAGCUGUGGACGGCUCCAGAGUACGGAGAGUAGGUGUUGCCUGGUUCGGCAGCAGCCGGUCAGAGGACUACGGUGAGAGUGGCCUCGUGGUUCUGACCAAUCAGGGCGACAUCCACGUGGUGUCACUGCCUGCAGUCAAGUUGCAGGUUCAGUACCCCUGCAUUCGCCGCGAGGACGUCAGUGGCAUCGCUUCUUGUGUCUUCACCAAACACGGCCAGGGCUUCUACCUGAUCUCUCCAUCUGAGUUUGAACGGUUCUCAGUGUCCACCCGCUACCUGGUGGAGCCUCGCUGUCUGGUAGAGGUUCCCCGUCAACCAGGCACCUCCAGCCAACACAGGCCACUGCCUGAUGGAACUUCCUCUGCUCAUGGGAAUGCCAGACAAGACAGUAAUGAUGCAGAAAGUGCAGCUAGACGUGUUAUGGAGCAUGCUUUGCUGAAUGACGAGAAAGUACUUCAGGAGAUCCAGAAGUCACUAGAAGGAGACCACAUGUCAAUCCUGGCGAAUAAUGUGAAGAGUCCUGUAGCUUGAGGGACGCUGCUCGACAGUGGAAGUGAGAGGUGGCACAUACUACUAGGUGCUGUGUCACUGCUAGUUGUGGAAUCAAGAUAUGGUAAUGUCAGUCACAGUGUCUUUCUGUUAUGUCUCCUCAGAGAAAACUGACUUGUUGACGUGUAUGAAGCGUACUGCAGUCCUGUAGCAACAACCACUACUGUCCCCUGACCCCUCUCCUCAGUGACUGACUUCCCCACUGACUCUUAGCUCACCUCGGCCCCUUGUAGAGAGACACCAAAGAGCUUCUAGCAGUUAGUUGCACUCGGAGCACCACAAAGCUGUUUGAAGACGAACAGGGCUGACAAGAGGUCGAAGGAAGAGACACCACCUGUGCCUAAAGACAACACACUGUACACAAAUCUUCACCGCACGGUCGCAACCAUUUAACCCACAGCUACAUGAAGUACAUUCCUGACAUGUGACCAGUGCCAUAAAUCGAUGCCAGCACCCAGCAUCUCACACUUGACGAAGCUGUUUGAUGCCACUUGUCGAAGCUCUUUGACUUAAAUAUCAACCAUACCUACAUCAUUCUGAAAGGCUUUAUCCCCACUAGUCUUUUCAUGUGGACCCUGCCAGUGGGAACUGGUCUGUCCGCUCUGCUGUGCAUCUCACUGGCCUUCAUCUCCCCACAUGGAUGUACAGCUGGAAGGAAUGGAUGGGAUGAUUUGAAUAAUGAAGUUGAAAAUAUUUUGAAGCUGAAUUUGAUGUGCCUCUUUUUGUUUAUUUGAAUUUCAGAUUUAUACUGUGGAGGCCCAUUUGUGCCAGGAAAAGGAAAACAUCAGAUGAAAAGUUGGGCAUGAUUCAAAUUUUAAAGAAAUUUAUAUGGCAUUUAUAGUCAAAUUUAUGAGAUAUUAAAUCAAAAAACAAGAUUCUUAGUCAAACUUCUGAGAUAUUAAAACAAAAAUUUUGAUUUCCUUUUUGAAGUUUUUCAAGUCAAACUAGUAAAGAUACUAAGUCACCAGGUUAAAAUUGCCUUU